CAAAGGUUGCUUGUGGAAGAUUUUGGGGCAUGGUUUUCUCUGAAAUCACUUAGAAAAGCUGUUCUUAUUUCUCCAGAGGAGAUAGAGGAGGUGCAGGAAGAAGAAGAAGAAGAAGAAGAAGAAGAAGAAGAAGAGGGGGAAGGAACUGUUGAAGAUAAACUCAUUGCAGAGGAGGAAGAGGUUGGUGAAAACGAUGACGAAGAAGAUGGCGAUGCAGAAGCAGAGGACGGAGAAGAGGACACAAAACCAAAAUUCAAGCCAUUUAUCAUGCCCAACCUCAUCCCACCAAAGAUUCCAGAUGGAGAGAAAGUGGAUUUUGAUGACAUACAUCGCAAACGUAUGGAGAAGGACCUGAUGGAGCUUCAAACGUUGAUUGAGGUUCAUUUUGAAAGCAGAAAGAAGGAAGAAGAUGAGCUCAUACAUCUCAAGGAGAGGAUCGAGAGGCGCCGCUCUGAGCGAGCAGAGCAGCACAGAAUCCGCAGUGAGCGGGAGAAGGAGCGACAAAAGCGUCUGGAGGACGAGCGAGCUCGUAAAGAGGAGGAAGAGGCUAAGAAACGAGCGGAGGAUGAUGCCAAGAAGAAGAAAACACUCACCAGCCUGCACUUUGGAGGUUACAUGCAGAAACUGACAGAGAAGCGCAGCGGCAAGAGGCAGACUGAGAGGGAGAAGAAGAAGAAGAUCUUGAGUGAAAGACGUAAAUCUCUGGAUAUUGACAACUUGAACCAGGAGAAGCUCAAAGAGAAAGCUAAGGAGUUGUGGGAGUGGAUGCACCAGUUGGAGGCAGAGAAGUUUGAAUUGCAGUACCAGAUCAGCAGCCAAAAAUAUGAGAUCAAUGUACUGAGGAACCGCGUAAGUGACCAUCAGAAAACGUCCAAGAGGACCAAAAGGGGUCUGAGGAAAUAGAUGCUGAUGCACAAUUUAGCCGUCCUGCACCAGAGCUCAAACCAAACCACAGUCCCACUUGUUUCCAUACUGUGUGUGCUUCAUGGAGUCCUUGCCGCAGCCAUGAAUGUACAUAAAACCCUUUCAGUCCUGUCAAGAUUGUGCUUGUUGGGUUGCUGAUACACUUCAAACUGCAAAGCGUAAAAUGACACUGGACUAUAUAAAGGCCUAAAAAAAAAAAGAAAAAAAAAGCCUCAAGCAAAAAAGGAGGAAACAUCUUCCUAAUGAGAGACAGGCUCUGACAUGACUUGCUUCUCCUCUUUCUAACAGUCACCUCCUCAAAUUAUGACUGGUGCAAGGAAUAAAAUGCUCAGGUGUUGUGUGAUAUAUGAAUUUGCAGCCACGAGCUGAAUGACGCCAUGCAAAAACCUUGCUGUGGUUUAAAAAACGGCUUGCUCUCCUCUCCAUAACAUUAGCAUAGAGUCACAUAGAUGUAAAAGAACUGUAUAACCAGUUGAAACUAGUAUUUAUAAAGAAGGCAAAAAGACCAGCAACCAUUACGAUGAGAAAGAAUAAAGAAAGCCGCAGCCACCGUGUUAUUGCUGCAUCUGCUGUUUUAGUGUCAAAAAAGCCACAUGGAAAACAUGAAUCAUUUGACCGUAUUCAUAAUGCACACAAGAAAUAAACAGUCCAGUUACAACAGCACACACAUUAGGAAAAGAGGAAAUAAAAACACAUCACACACAAAACUUAAAUAUUCAAUCAUUUGAAUACAAAGAAAAGUGCAAUAGAAAAAAGUGACAGGCAUGAAUGACAAGUUGUUAUAUUAAUAGAUGCAGGCUUGGUUUUCUGUUGAGUGACAGUAUGCUGAUAAUUACCGUAUAUGUACGUAUAUACACACAGUUCUCCAGCUUCACUUUAAAGGCAAUAUGAACGUCACUCUUUGUGAGCAAGGCAAACCUCAGUGAGACUCGAGCGUCUUCAAAGUAGUAGAAUUAGAAGCACGGAUGCACUGUUUUUUUUAAACCAUGAUGCACAAUCAUCUUUGCUCCUUCUAUGCUUUGUUUUCUUCAAUUAGAUUAUAAAAGCGGAUGCGUAUAAUGUAAAAUGCAGGUUUCCAAAUACCGAUAAAACCCCCCGUUUUUUCCCCCCUAACUUCUCAGUUUAUUCAUAAAAAAGUUAAAAAAUGCAAAAUUUACCAUAAAGGGUUAACUUAUUUUAU